AUGAAUCGGCCACUGUCUGGAAAUCAGAUGAGAGGUUUGAUGCUAGAAUUACCUUAAAAGGAACGGAUCGCUUGAAACAGUUAAAGAGGGGUUACCACACAAGUAUGAGGUCUGAUCAUUUAACAAAUGUGCUUCUGUGAUAUUCCGUCAAGCAAGACUUUCAGCUACAGAACAGACAUCAUUGGAAAACUGAAUGACUACCUUUAUCAGACUAUUCCCAUACUGUGCAGCACUAGAGUUAGUUCUAGCUGCAGCAGUUCAUGGGAUUAGACUGCAUGGCGCCUCUGGUCCUCUGACGGCCCAGCUGGGAGGUUCUGUUCUGCUGCCCUGUUCUGUGGAGACCCCCUUACCUCUGGAGGAGCUGGAGGUGGAGUGGAGAAGAACAGACUCAGAUGUGCUGGUGCACCUGUUCCAGGAGGGAGAAGAGAGACCAGAGUCACAGGACUAUGCCUACAGGGGAAGAGCCCACUUCUUUACUGACAAGAUAGCACAAGGAGACUACUCUCUUCUUCUCCAAAACAUCACGUCCAGCGACAAGGGUCUUUAUAGAUGUGUGGUUUAUUCAGCUCUGGACUCCAGAGAAAUUUCAUGUGAAAUUAAAAAUGUGGAUUAUUUAGUGGUAUAUGGAGUCCACCAUGCUGGUUUUGUCUAUGUGGGUGAGGAAGUUGUCCUGCCCUGCUCCGUGGACUCCCACAUCCCACCUGAGAAACUGGAGGAGGUCGCAUGGAAGAGGACAGACAAUGAGAUCUUAGUGCUUCUCUAUCAACAUGGUGUGGUCUUAAAUGACUCCUCACAUGAGAGAUAUAAAGGCAGAGCUGAGUUCUUCUUAUCAGAAAUCGCCAAAGGCAAUUUCUCAUUGAGACUGAAAGAUGUCAGGACAGAAGACAAAGGAGAGUUCAUCUGUGUAGCCCACAGUGGGAAUAUUUUUGCAAACACCACUGUUGUAGUGCCAAGUCUAGGUCUCUCCACUUUGCACCAGUUGAUUGUGGUUCUUUGCAUUUUUGCUUUUGGACUCAGCAUGGCAUCUUUGAUUCAUUUUAUAAAGACAGGGAUAAAUGGAGGUGCCAUGCGAGUGCAUUUUUUCCUAAUUGUCAGUCCAAACAUUGCCCUUUUUGUUGCAUUCAUUCUGUGGGGAUUCACUGAAGGUUUUCUUGAUGAAGCUUCUAUUUGCUCGUCAGUUAAUCUCGCACGGAUCCUCUUCUUGUUAUUGACCACUCCAUAUCUGGACAAGUUCCCAAAAUGUUUACUGAGCACAAUUAAGAUUUCAGGCAUCUUGAUACAAUUUUCAGCAAUCACAAUUGCUUUUUAUUCAGUUGCAUUCAGGAACAGGAGAAAUAUCAACUUAUUACCAAAGGACUCCACUGCAAUGAGGGAACUGACCACUUUUUUUGUCCUGAUGCUCGUCUCAUGUGCUUGUGGAAUAAUUGCUGCCACUACACAAGCUAUCUGCCCAUCUCUGUGUUGCAUUGAUGGUUCAAAAUCAAACACAAGACCCAAGGAAAAAUGGUCAUUUAUAUUUAUGGAGAUCUGCAUCAUGUUUCAGUCAUUUUUCACUUCCAUUAAAGCAAGAUCAAUGGGAAUAGCUUUCCACGUGGUGUUUUUCGUAUUCUGUGCACUACUUCAACCUAUAUCGCUGGUACUGAUACGCAUCUUGAGGAAGAGGUUGCGUUUUGGAUAUUUGUGUUGGACAGUCACCAUGGCCGUAUUGGUCCCAGCAUAUAUCGUUUCAUCUCUAUACCAUAUAAGUCAAGUUCGGGAUAUUUUUGGAACGAUAUUUCCCAAUGAGUAUGCUGGAAUUAUGGCUGUGACAGCACUCCUCAAACUCCUUAGUGCUGUUUCUCUAUUUGAGCAUCCUAGCAACUUACAAGGAAUGCCACAGCUGAUUGUGUAUGGAUUUGGCUCUGCGGGUCUGUGUCUCGUGAAUUCCAUCACCUUGAUGACAGAGCUAUUAUUAAAAGCAAGAAAUGGAAAAAGAUCAAUAUCAGACCUAAGAUUGGUGAUUCUGCCAUUUGACAGCAUCUCUGUUUCUGGUUGGUUCUUCCUGCUGAUCUACAAUUACUGGACAUGCAACAGAGGCAGGGGAGUGGAUUGUUCUGAGAUCCUCAAUGAAAGACAGGUACAAGAGGACAUAAGUCCAAUUGAGGAAGAAGAAACUUUGUCUCCUUGCUAAUGGAUCAUGCUCAAGCAAGUACUGAUAGAGGCAUAUCAUAAGCCACUUUCACACUGCACAGCAAGCCAGCAAGUUGCCAUCUUUUUUGCGGCUGGUCCCCGAGCUUUCAUAGGCUGGGUGAACCCUGUCUGAACUUUUGGCGAAUUUGGAUUUCGCCCCGCAGCUCAGGCUGGAAACCUGCACAUCUAUCUCCUCUGUUCCCUGCCAGAACCUUUGGCUCCAAUCAGAAACUAUAUCCAAAAGACGCACCGGAUCAUUGGUCUGAUUGGUUGAAGGACUAUCCAAGUGUACGGAGUCAUUUGAACGAUGCCCAUUGAUCACACCUCUUGUGCAGCAGAAACAAAGCUUGAAAAGAUUAAAAGAUUGAGCUUGGUAUGGUGAUAGCCAGACAAGAGCUUUCACACUGGAGGCGGCAUAUUGGCGGCAUAAAAUCUUCCUCCUCUGGGGGUACGUUUAUCGCCGGCUCCACUGCAGUGUGAAUGCAAGCCGUCAAUGUGACGGCUUUUCUGUGAGAUGGGCAGAGCUGUCGAUGAUGCGAGUUGUGUGACCCAUAAUUUAAAAUUAGCAAACAGCUGAGCACAGCUGUCGGAUCACUGACUCGGCAUGUAAACAAAGUGAUGAAGAAGCGUCUUCAACACCGAGCUAUGUAACGUCGCUCAACAUUUUGCUGAUCCUUGACUUACUGCCUGAUUGUGCCUGUUGAGACGUCCUCGACCAUGGCAACCUUGACAGGGGCAACAAAGAGGUGGACAUUCCCAUCUGCAUUCCUCCUCUGGACAAUUGCACUCAUUGAUGCACUUACUCUUACUACGCUCUACAUAAAAAAAAAAAAAAGAAUUGUUUCUAGAAUUGCUUACGAGACUUAUAUGACAUUAUUAGACGUAUAUUAUCACAUUCUAUUUUUAUUUGCAUUUUACACAACGUCCCAACUUUUUCUGCAUUGGAGUUUUAGUAUUUUAUGUGCCAACACACUUAAAAACAAGGAUGUGUAAUGUGUGUGGAAAAGGAAGAAUGCAGGCUUUGGUCUCAACAAGAACUGCUGAUAGUCCCCUUGGACAUUUUCCAUUUUCAAGUCUACCUCCAGGAUCACCACUGAUCACACCUCCCUCACUUGGCAUCUGAACUUUCAAAACUAUGAGGGGCAGUUAGCUCUAUGGCUUGAAAGACAACAGGUGUAUGACUCUGAGCCGCUGAACUACAAUGCAGAUGCUUUAUCAAGGUGCAUCAUGCUGCAUUGUCGGCAUGGUAAAGAAGAGUCUGGCUAUUCCUGUUGUAGGCUAGCCAUCUUUUCAGCUGUUUCAUCCAAGCACAUUUACUGUCCAGACCCAUGAGCGAACAUCGACAGUCAUCCAGAACAGCGAGUGAAUCCCAAGCAAUAAGCUUCUACAGGCAUCAAACAAACCGCUACCAGAGCAGUGAGCCCCAACGAGCUCCACCAACAGUCUUGAGUAGGCUAGCAUGUAAUGAUCCCCUUGCAGACAGAGAGCAAAGAAAGGAUGAGUCUUGGACUGAGACGAGGAAUUAUGUUUCUUAAAUACAAGAAAUACAAAAUAUAAGAAAUACAAGACAGUGGUCAAAAUCCUAAAAUGAUGUUAAAUUGCGCUCAAUAGUGUCUUGGAGUAAUAAGCUAGCUAAGGAUGCCAGAUGCCAUUGCAAAGCGAAGAGUUUCUGUGUAUUUUAUGUAUAGAAACAUUCUCUGUUGCAUUGGCAGCAUAUGUAGUUAUACAAUCAACCCCUCAGAGUUUAAGUGUUAUUUUCAUACAAUAUGAUCUUGUUUUGUGUAUCUUAAUAACCAUGAUAAACGCAUUUUAGGUCCUUGUUUGUUAGUCAGUUGCCUACAUGUAAUGGCAAUGAUAUAGUAUAAACAUUUAUGGUUCAUAUUUUCCAUUUACUCCUGUGAGAUCACAUUAUGAUCAUGAUUUUUUUUUGACGAAAUUCAGUUAUAAACAAGGUAAAAAAAAUAGAAACAACAUUUCUGCUCAUUAUUGAUGCUUAUUUCUUAAAACUUAAUCAG